GAAUCUGUAAUGGUGGCCAUGACAGCACAAGACUCUGGAACUGUGGCCAUGAUGGGAUGAUACUCUGAGAUAGCAGCCAUCUUAGGAAGAGACUCUGAGCUGGUGGCCAUCUUGGGAAAAAAACUCUAUGAUAGAAGCCAUCUUGUAAAAAGUUUCUGGGUUGGUAGUCAUUUGGGAAGGGAUCCUACUCCUCCCACAGUGAAGGGAGAACCACGUAACAAAAGAGCAUAGUCCUUAAAGUCUCUCAAAGAACAUUUUGAACUCCCCUCCAGGAAACCAUGACUUCACAGACUCGACGAGUACAAAACUAAAAGUGUUUCAUCAAGUAGCACUUGGUAAGACAACUCACAGAACUGGUGCAUACACUCCUCAAUAGAUAAGACUCCUUGCUGAAAAGAUGUAGUGGCUGGUCAACGUGGUUGGCCUGGAUAGCUCAAAAAGCUGCUGGAUCCAGGUAUGCCAGGUGAUUUUGUAAUGAAGGGAGCAAGACAACAAAGUGAGGAGCCAAAAGCAAGGCUGUUUGUGUGUGUGUGUGUGUGUGUGUGUGUGUGUGGGUGGGUGUAAAAGGCUGGAGUCUCAUAACAAGUUCCUAGGCAGAGGGUUAUGGGAAAAGGAGUCUGGGACAAGUGGCGAAGGUAUAGGCAUUCCAGCUAGAGAUAGUGACAGCUGGACUAAAACUCAGUUAAUUUCUAAUCUAAAAUGAUUUUGACUAAAUAUCGAUGGGAUUUUUAAACAGGCUUAACAAAAAAAAGACUACAGUCCAUUCAGAUGCACUUCUGUCCACAACGGAGGGUACACCCAUUCGUUUAAAUCUACACUGUGUGUGCCUUCAAACCCAUUCAGAGCCACCGAUUCCUGCUGAAAAAAUACUCUCAUUGAGCUUGAUUCCUGCGGGACCACACUGCAAAAAUGAGCAGAUUAUUGCUACAAUGAAGGAAGGAUGGCUGUGUCUCGAUCCAUCAGACGACUGGGUGAUUUCUCUCGAGAAAGAGGUUUACAAACGAAAGACUACAGUCCUUCCAGAAGCACUUUUGUACACAACAGAGGGUACACCCAUUUUUUUAAAUCUACUCUGUGAGUGCUCUCAAACCUAUUCAGAGCCACCCAUUCCUGUUGAAAAAAUACUCUCACUGAGGGUGAUACCUGCUGGACCACAGUGCAAAAAUGAGCAGAUCAUUGCUACAAUGGAGGAAGAACAGAUGUGUCUCGAUCCUACUAAAGACUGGGUGAUUUCUCUCAUAACAGAGUUAAUUAAUGAAUCCACAAAUGUCCAGCCUGUUACCUCUAAUUGGAUUCAGAAAGAAGUGGUUCAUUCAACAGCUUCCUUCACUAGAGAAACCGGAGAGACAUUCUGUGUUAUGUAAAACACCACUGUGGAGAAAAUUACUUUGAUGAAGUUUGUUAAAAGUCAAUUGUUAAAAUAUUUGCUGUAGGGAGGUGGAUGUCAGUUUAUUGUGUGUACCCCUCUUUUCCCUUUUUUCCCCCUCAGGGAGAAGUUGUAGUUUACUAUUGUUAAUUUAUUUUUCUAAUAAAAGUUAUUUUUCUUAGUCUCUACUUGGGAGUCAACAUUCACUUAUUAUAUUUACAGGCACCAUUGAAAAUGUAAAAGAUGGCUCUCUUUAAAAAGAUGAAAAGAUUUUUAGUUCGUAAACAAACAAUAAUAAUAAUACUUAAUCGUCUUCUCCGGGUCAGUUUGACCCAGCAUAGGAAAUUACAAACCGAUUCCAAAAGAGUUGGGACACUGUGCAAAUUGUGAAUAAAAACAGAAUGCAAUGACAUGGAAGUUUCAAAUUUCAAUAUUUUAUUCAGCAUACAACAUAGAUGACAUAUCAAAUGUUUAAACUGAGAAAAUGUAUCAUUUUAAGGGAAAAAUAAGAUGAUUUUAAAUUUUAUGGCAUCAACACAUCUCAAGAAAGUUGGGACAAGGCCAUGUUUACCACUGUGUGACAUCCCCUCUUCUUUUUAUAACAGUCUGCAAACGUCUGGGGACUGAGGAGACAAGUUGCUCAAGUUUAGGAAUAGGAAUGUUGUCCCAUUCUUGUCUAAUACAGGCUUCUAGUUGCUCAACUGUCUUAGGUCUUCUUUGUCACAUCUUCCUCUUUAUGAUGCAUCAAAUGUUUUCUAUGGGUGUAAGAUCUGGACUGCAGUCUGGCCAUUUCAGUACCCGGAUCCUUCUUCUACGCAGCCGUGAUGUAGUAAUUGAUGCAGUAUGUGGUCUGGGAUUGUCAUGUUGAAAAAUGCAAGGCCUUCCCUGAAAGAGAUGAACAGUUUUCCACUUUGUCACAGUCCAUUUUAAAUGAGCCUUGGU